AUGAAAGACCGACUGGAGGAGCUGAGGCAGAGAGCGAAGGCGGCCAGCGAGGAACCGCACAGCGGCCCUUUAAGCACGGAAGGGGAUGGAGGGGAGGACGACGCCCUCGCGCUCCCGCAGGCCGUGGUCUUCGAGGAGGAGCCGGUCCUGGACAACUUCCUGUCGGAGGUGCAGCGCAUCCGCGAGGCCAUCGAGGAGCUGGAAAACGAGGUGCGGGCGUUCAGCCAGCAGCAGAAGAGCCUGGUGGCCACCAUGCGGCGCUUCAGCGUCAUGAAGAAGGACAGCAGCAUCACGCGCGACAUCAAGCUGCGGGCCGAGAGCAUCCACAAGCGGCUGGAGGCGCUCUCCAAGCAGGUGAAGAGCGCCGAGGCCGGGGGCGGCCCGGCGGCGGCGGCCGUCCGCAUCCAGCGUGCCCAGCACACCGCCCUCCUCCGCCACUUCCAGCAGGUCAUGCGCCAGUACAACGACACCCUGGUCAGCAAGCAGGACAAGUGCAAGCAGUUCAUCAUCCGCCAGCUGGAGGUGUCCGGCCGCGAGGUGUCCGAGGAGGAGGUGGACGAGAUGAUGGCGCAGGGCCAGUGGGAGGUCUUCAACGAGAACGUGCUGCACGAGGCCAAGAUCACGCGCGCCCAGCUGUCCGAGAUCGAGCAGCGGCACAAGGAGCUCCUCAGCCUGGAGAGCAACAUGAAGGACCUGCGGGACCUGUUCCUGGAAAUCCACAUGAUGGUCGAGGAGCAGGGGAAGCACAUCGAGAACAUCCAGGCCAACGUGGAAAAGACGCAGGACUACGUGACGGUCACCUGCGAGAAGUUCAAAAUGGCCGCCAGAUACAAGCGGAAGAACCCCAUCAGGAGACUGUGCUGCUGUUGCUGUCCUUGGAAAAAA